AAAAAAGCGAGAAAAUGCGUGCGGAUGAGAGAGAAUCAGAUCCCUUAAUUUGUGUUGGGCCCAAGUUUGGGCCCUUUAUAUAGCCCUGCCAUCCCCCUUCUAUAUUUUCCACAUUCAACCUUGCACGCUCUCAUCAUUUUAUUACGCGACUUUUUCUAUCUCCCCAAACACUCUCUUCCCGAGAAAAGAAAACUCAAGAGAAGAAGGAUAUGGCCGAUCAGCUUACCGACGACCAGAUCUCUGAGUUCAAGGAGGCCUUUAGCCUCUUUGACAAGGACGGCGAUGGUUGCAUUACUACCAAGGAGCUGGGGACUGUGAUGCGGUCUCUUGGGCAGAACCCUACUGAGGCAGAACUCCAAGACAUGAUCAAUGAAGUUGAUGCUGAUGGAAAUGGGACCAUUGAUUUUCCCGAAUUCCUGAACCUGAUGGCUAGGAAGAUGAAGGAUACUGAUUCUGAGGAGGAACUUAAAGAAGCUUUCAGGGUGUUUGACAAGGACCAGAAUGGUUUCAUAUCUGCUGCUGAGCUCCGCCAUGUGAUGACAAAUCUUGGUGAGAAGCUUACAGAUGAGGAGGUUGAUGAGAUGAUCCGUGAGGCCGAUGUUGAUGGUGAUGGGCAGAUCAACUAUGAGGAGUUUGUCAAAGUCAUGAUGGCAAAGUAAGGACCCCUCCAACCAUAACCAAGAUCCAAAAAUGGGGAAAAAAAGGGAACAGGGCAGAUAAGUUUGCUAAGAUUUCUAUUUCUCGAUAGGACAUCUAUGUUUUAUGUUACUAGUUUUUGUUGGGUGGUUGUCUGUUUCUUGUUUGCAUUAUUUUGUGGACGGGACCUUAGUAUAUCCUGCUUGUUUGCUCUGUUUUUUGUUCAGUAGUCUGGGUUGUUAGUGUCUUAUCUUUUACAUUUGGUGUUUUUUUUCUAUUCUUGGUGCCAUGAACCUAGAACAAUUCCGAAGAGGAUUCGAUGUUUUUUCUUAUGGGUGACUAAUUUUACCAUAUUUCAAACUUUCAGUAUGUCGUUA